GCCGACAGCAAAGCAACACCGUCUUUAUGAAAAAAAAACGCCUGCAAUUGCGUUUUGCAUUAUUUAUAAAUAAUCUGCUGGCAUUUUUAGUACUCCAACAACCAAAACAGAAAGCGCCGAAGUAAUAAUGAAAGUGAUUUGCUAAAUUAACUCGGGAAAAGUGAAACACAUACACAUACAAAUAUGCAUAUGUGAAAUUAAAAUGCUUGCAUAAAUAAAUAAAAAAGCGGUAAUGCGCCAUAAAACUUAAAAUAUGAGUUGAACUUAACGAAAGCAAAGUUAGUCAAGUUUCCAGCAGUUUAACAUGUUAUUUAACGGUUCUCAAGUGGCGGAAAGCAAAAACUCUCACACACCUGUCCACAUCGUAUCAAUGUAUGUGUUGUAUUUAGUGGUGAAUUAGUGUGCCUGUGUGCGUGUGUGUGUGUGUUUGUGUAAAAAAGUAAGAUACAUAAUUGCAAAAUUUAAUAAAAUCAACGAAACAGCAUAAAAGCAAGUGAACGCUAGGUGGGGGAGUAUUGGCAAACAAUCGCUCCGGCAACCGGCAACAACAACAAAACCUACACACGCAGUGAAAAUGAUAGUGAAAAUGGAUCCAGACGAAUUGAUUACACUGCGGGUGCAGUAUCUGGUCGAUACUGAUCCGCUUAAUUGUACAGCCAUGUAUCCGAUACCGACGCGUGCACCAACUUAUGGCUUUGCCGCCACCAUGCCACUGGCCACACAGUUGGGCACCAUACUACGUCUGCUUAGCGCGCCACAUCGGAUCGACGACGCAGCCAUACAGGUGUACAAAGAUGGUGACUAUGGCGCCUAUUUGGAUUUGGAGUCCUCGCUUGCUGAACAAGCGGAAGAAAUUGAAGGUCUUAAUUCUAGUCGCAAAAACUCAUUGGUAGUGCGAACACAGCUGAGUGUGCGGGUACAUGCCAUUAUUGAGAAACUCCUCUCCUCCGAGGGCAGCGAAUUGCGACGUGCACUCUUCUCAUUGAAGCAAGUCUUCCAGGAGGAUAAAGACUUGGUGCAUGCCUUUGUGGCAUUGGGCGGACUCAAUUGUCUUGUGCGUGUCGGUAAUGGAGCCGAUCAGAAUUAUCAAAAUUACAUUCUGCGUGCCUUGGGUCAGGUGAUGCUUUAUGUGGACGGCAUGAAUGGCGUGAUGAAACAUGAGCCCACAAUGCAAUGGCUGUACUCGUUGAUCGCUUCGAAUUAUCGUUCUGUGGUGAAAACGGCACUCAAGUUGUUGUUGGUGUUUGUCGAAUAUGCCGAAACAAAUUGCUAUGUCCUGGUGAAUGCCAUUCACUCGGUGGAUAAGUCACAGGGCACACUGCCAUGGUCGAAUCUAAUGAGACUUCUAAAAGACUACGACAACGCUGAUGCCGAGCUAGUCAUCUAUGCCACAUCGUUGAUUAACAAAACCUUGGCUGGUCUAAACGAUCAGGACAGCUUCUACGAUGAGAGUGAUCUGCUGGAGCAGCAAGGCAUGGAAUCGGUGAUACAGCGCUAUAUAUCCAAGCCUGGUACCGAUCUCGAUCUACUAGAUCAACUGCAGCUCUACGAAGCAGUAUUGAAAUUCGAAGAUGGCGAAGCGGAGGGCAUACGCUUGCCGGAGAACUCGCUGCGCAAAACGCAACGCCAUCGCCAGAGCACAGACACAGCGGAACGACGCAAGUCGCGACGUCACAGCACUGGCACCAGUCCGCAUGUCAACAAAGUGAUACCGUCACCAAAGAGAAUCACGCCAACACACGGCGUGCUGGACGAGGACAGCUCCAGUUCGACGAAUUCAGCUGAGUACGCAAAUGGCGUUUUCAAUGGCGAGAAAGCGCGCGAUGGCGUCGGCGUCACACCCGGCUUGCGUAGGAGGCGCGAACGUGCCGAGCGGCAUAAGAGCUUUCUCAAGGAGCAACAGGAGGCUGCAGCGAAUGGCAUAUUCGCCGCUUUGGAGCGACGUGAGGAAAUAGAAUCUGACAAUGAGGAUAAGAAACUGCUGCAGCAGCUGAAACGAGACCACACAGUGAAGGAUCUGACGCAAAAACUGAGCAACAUGCCGAUGAGUCCGACGCAUGAGGAGAAGUUGCAGAAUCGCAUUGUCGGCGAUAUGUCGGGUCUCAUAUCGAAAGCCAAAGAGGGACUUGCCAAAAGCAAAAGCAAAGGCGAAAUGUCGCGCUCGUCCAGCCUGGAUCAGGACAUCAAGAAGGUGGAGCCGAAAAAAUCCGAAAAUGAGCUACACUGGGAGGAAUUGGUACGCAACAUGAUACGCCCACUAAAUCUAUGUGAUCUAGACUUCACCGAUUUGAAUUCGGAAGACGAGAAAGAUAUGCUAGCGCCGCGUGGUCUUGGCUGUGGUGUACCGCCGCCACCACCACCAUUCGCAGGUGGCAUACCGCCGCCCAUGAUGCCACCUAUGAAUAGUAUGGCCAGCAUGGUGCCACCGCCGAUGUUCAGCUACAGCGGCUACGGCAGCAUGACGAACAGCGCCAACAGCUCCAUGAAUGGUUCCAUGAACGGCGACGUGAGCAAUACGAAUACCAUCAAGAAGAAUAAGAAAACGGUGAAAUUAUUUUGGAAGGAGGUGCGCGAGGAUAUGAUACCCGUUGUGAUUGGCAAAACCAUUUGGGAUGAGUUGCCGCAGGCAAAUGUGGACAUACAAAAGCUGGAGCACCUGUUCGAGUCCAGAGCCAAAGACCUAAUGACCAAGAAACAACAAGAACUGAAUAAAAGCAAAGAGAUUAUCGUAUUGGAUCAUAAACGCUCGAAUGCCAUAAAUAUUGCGAUGACAAAGUUGCCACCGCCGCGUGCCAUUAAAGCGGCGAUACUGAAGAUGGAUGCAACGGUGGUGACGCGCGAAGGCAUCGAUAAGCUAUUGAAUAUGUUGCCAACGGAUGAGGAACGCGGCAAGAUACAAGAAGCGCAGAUGGCCAAUCCAGAGUUGCCUUUGGGCAGCGCCGAGCAAUUUCUCCUCACCUUGGCCACCAUUUCGGAGUUGGGCGCGAGGCUAAAGCUGUGGGCAUUCCGCUUGGAUUUCGAUAAUAGCGAAAAAGAAAUUGCGGAACCAUUGAUGGAUCUGAAACAAGGCAUCGAAAUUCUACGAAAUAAUCGCACCUUCAAAUGCAUUCUGUCGACGCUGCUGUCCGUCGGAAUAUUUUUGAAUGGUGCGCCAGUUAAGGGUUUCCAGAUCGAGUAUUUAUCCAAGGUACCUGAGGUCAAAGACACUGUACAUAAGCAUUCGUUGCUGCAUCAUCUCUGCCACAUGGUGAUGGAGUCGAGUCCGGACACCACGGAUCUAUACUCGGAAAUUGGGCCAAUCACGCGCGCCUCUAAGGCUGACUUUUCCGAUUUGGCACACAACUUGAGCCAGUUGGAGACUGAAUGCAAGGCUUCGUGGGAUCGCCUCAAGUUGAUUGCCAAACACGAUUGUCCACCGCAGCUGAAGCAGAAGUUGGUUGACUUCUUGGCGGACUGUGCGGAACGCAUUAUCAUUCUGCAAAUCGUGCAUCGGCGUGUGAUUAACAGAUAUCGCAAGUUCCUGCUGUGGCUGGGCGUACCCCAACACAGCGUUGCCGAAUCGAAGCCAAACGAAUUUUGUCGCAUUCUUUCGGAGUUCGCGCUGGAGUACCGCACUACACGUGAGCGCGUGCAACAGCAGCUGGAGAAGAAGGCGAACCAUCGCGAACGCAAUAAGACGCGUGGCAAGCUCAUUAUAGAUAUGGCCAAAUUUAAAACCAAAGAGGAUCGCGCCGAUGCGGAACUGAAAGUGUUGCUCGGCACGCCCAGUUCCGACACAGCCGAUGGCACAUUGACGUGGCGCCGCAGACGCGCCGAGAACUUGCGCUCGCCCAUUGCGCGCCAGAGCGAGGAGAACUUCACCGAUGGUGAUGAUGAGAUCCUGGAAUCGUUGGUAAAGACUGCGACCAAAGCGCCAGGUACACGCACGACGCCGCGCGAACGGAAGCGCACACGCCAUGCUGAUCGCAAAUCAUUGCGUCGUACGCUUAAGAACGGUCUAACGGAGGAGGAGAAACAACACGUUGCGGCUUUAAUAAAAACCUAUUAGCGUUUUAAGUAGUCCUAUGUAGUCGUCGACAGACUGUAUGUAGCGUCAUAGAAAGAAACACUAUGAAACAGACUGAGAAGCGUGAAAGAGAAGUUUGAAAAAACACACGAUUAGUAUACCUAGAUGAUUUUCCUUAUUGAUUUUAUUUUGGACGAUCUCAAGCGAUACCAGUGAGCAAGUAAAGCGACGGAUUGGAGAGCAAUGAAGUGCCUUGCGGAAAAGAAGAAAUUGUAAAUCAACAAAAGGAGCCAAUGAGUCGAAUGCGAUAGAUGAAAAAAAAAAAUUGAAAUUUUGCAUAUUGAAAUAUUUGACCCGUGGAGCGCUGAAUUUUACAAAUGGAACGAUAAUAACCUACUCAGAAUAUCCCUUUUGCUGUAAAGUGGGGAAAGCUGGAAAGCGUUUUUGUGGAGUAAACGGAACGGCAGUUAACGAUACUUGCGAAAAGCUUAUUUCUUUUACUUAGUUAAUACAAAGUAUAUACAAAAUGUAUUGUAGUCAAACAACGAUAUUUUAUUAUUAGACCUUAUCGAUUAUAAACUUUCUCACAUCUCUUCUUAUUUUUGUAAAAUUAUUAAUUCUAAUUUCUUUCUUUAUUUUAUUGUGUACACUCGCAUGUUAGUUGUUAUCUUUAAAUUAACGAAUUUCCCAAAUCUUAUGGGUUCACUUAGUUGGAGGAUGGAAAGAUGGAUUUAGAUUAAAAUUCUUUAGUUUUUUUUGUUUCAAUUUUGAUUUGGUUAAGUAAUGUAUUCACUCUCUUGUUAUCGCGCUUCAAUUAACUGAAAUUAUAUAAUAUUUAUAUUGGACAUGAUCUGAAAAUUUUGGUGAAAAUCUUAUAACCAAAAAUGCGUAAAAUAAA